AACGUCACGUAGUAUAAAAAGUAAGUCCCUCCUUUUCGAGCUCAUUCCUGGAUUUGGUCAAAGGUAUGAAUUCGCUUUGCCGAAGACUGAACCGUCGAGGACUUUGAACAACUCUGCUCAAAUUCAUAUUUUUUCUUCAAGUAAUGGACAUUUGAUUACUAUUUUUGCCUCCAGUUUCUUCCAGAAGGAAAUGCUAGCAUAGCUACCACAGCCCCACCCAUUAGAAGUCUUUAAGUUGAUAUUAAAACCAUGAAGGUUGACGACAUUAAAUUGAUGAAAUAGGAGAUAUAAGUGCCUGAAAAGCACACUAAAAUAUUCCCGAGACGCUGAGGAUCUAUAGUAUGAAUAGUAUGGCGGGGAGACCAGUAGACCCCAGAGAGAUUUUGAAAGGUGUUGAGGCCCUGCUAGGAAAGGAUGGAGAGCUCCGUAGCCUGGAGGGAGUCCCAAAGGUGUUCAGCCUGAUGAAAGCCUCUACUAAGAUGGUCAGUAGAUGUAUGUACCUGAAUAUCCUGCUACAGACAAAAUCGCAUGAUGUUCUUAACAGGUUUAUCAGAGUUGGUGGCUACAGACUCCUCAACUCUUGGCUCACCUACUCCAAAACAACCAACAAUACCCCCCUGCUUCAGCUCAUCCUCCUCACGCUGCAGAAGUUGCCUCUCAAAGUAGACCACCUCAAACAGAACAACACAGCCAAGCUGGUCAAGCAGCUUAGCAAGAGUGCAGACACAGAAGAUUUGAGGAAGUUGGCAGCUGUACUUGUAGAUGGUUGGAUGGCUACAAUCCGUUCCCAGAGUGUUUCAAGCAGUGGCAACUCUCCUGCUGAUAAGAAAAAGAGGAAGGAGGAGAGCAAGGUUCCAGUGCGAGAUGCGAAGGAAAAGAGUGCAGAGGAGGAGAAGAAGAAGGAGAAACCCAAAGCUCAUGCACCCAGCCACGCAAAGAUUCGCUCCAUAGGUUUGGAGAUGGAUGCUCCUAACCCAGCCCCUGCUAAGAAGACACCCACAGCCCCACAGCUGGGAGACAAGUACAACAUCAAGCCUCCACUCCUCAAGAGGCCAAGCACCGGUCCAUCAGAUGCUCCACCUCUGGAGAAAAAAUAUAAACCUCUAAAUAUGCCCUCUAACUCUGCCAAGGAGAUUAAAGUCAAAAUCAUUCCAGCACAGCCUAUGGAGUGCACAGGCUUCCUAGAUGCUCUGAACUCCGCCCCAGUGCCUGGGAUCAAGAUCAAGAAGAAGAAAUCCAGUGCUAACGCUACAGCUGGUACCAAAGCUGUCUCUCCCACCUCUAACAAGGCAAGUCCGUUUGACAGCAAACCUUCGUAUUCCUCAUCUUCUACAAAACCAUCAUCUCCAGAUGCUGCUGCUUCUACUACUCCUUCUGAUGAGAACCAGGAACCAGAGCAGCCUGGGACCCCUGUUCCCUCUGAGGACCCAGAAGCCUGCGACAACGGUGAGAAACCUAAUGCUUUGGCAGAACCACGUGGAGAAGAAGAAAGCUUGACCAAAAAGGGCAAGAAGAAAAAGACGGUUCACUGGGCGGAAGAGGAACAGCUCAAACACUACUUCUACUUUGAUCUGGAUGAGACGGAGAGAGUCAAUGUCAACAAAAUCAAGGACUUCGGAGAGGCUGCCAAACGAGAGCUAAUGAUGGACAGGCAGACGUUUGAGAUGGCCCGCCGUCUUUCCCAUGACAAUAUGGAAGAAAGGGUUCCUUGGACACCCCCAAGACCUCUAACCCUAACUGGAAGUCUGGUUAUCCCCGGGGAACACAGCACUGAAAAACUCACCCAGAGAGACCGUGAGAUGGGAAUAUUGCAGGAGAUCUUCCUCAGUAAAGAGAGUGUGCCUGACAGUCCACAUGAACCUGAUCCAGAGCCUUAUGAACCCAUGCCUCCCCGUCUCAUCCCAUUGGAUGAGGAUUCCUCCAUGAUGGAUGAUGGUUAUGUCGAGCCCAUGGACACCACAUCACAGCCAGACUCUGCCUCUGCCCAGAACGAGAGCUCCAAGCUGCCACCUGUACUGGCCAGCCUCAUGGACAACCUGAGCAACACCUCCCGCAGCCCACAAGCCACUCACACUGUCAACAACCCUGUGACUCCCACUGUCAAUGUGCAGGAGCUGCUUUCAUCCAUCAUGGGUGCUUCUGGUAAUCAGUCCACUGAAGACUUAAUUAAACAGCCCGACUUCUCAGAUAAAAUUAAACAGCUACUGGGCUCCCUGCAGCAGACGCAGAACCAGACUGGACCUCCACCAGUCAACCCAGGUCUACUGGGACACGGCCCAGGCAUGAACAAUAUGAACAACAUGAACAACAUGCACAUGCAGAUGCCCAUGAAUGGUGGCUACCCACCUAACAACUCACCAGGGGGUCCACGCUUUAACCACCCCCCACCCCCCCACAACCAUGGACCACCAUUCAAUGUUGGUGGAGGUCCACGCAUGAUGGGGCCACCACCAGGUCAGGGCAGAGGAGACAAUGGCAACUACUGGGGAGAUGACUCUAUGAGAGGUGGUCCCCACAGAGGGGGGCACUUCCACCGAGGUGGCCGGGGUCGAGGAGGAGGAGAACCUGGCUUCAGGGGCAGAGGGCGAGGAGGGCCUAGAGGCGGACACAACAACAUGAAUGACAUGUCCAAGAGGCCUGUUUGUCGUCACUUCAUGAUGAAGGGAAGCUGCAGGUAUGAAAGCAAUUGUGCUUUCUACCAUCCUGGUGUAAACGGACCACCACUGCCACCCAACUACCCCACCAACAACCAGCACCCACAGCAUGGCCACUAGUUGACACUGCUGCCAGUCUGGAAAUGAGUGGUUGGCCACUGUUGGCCACUGGAACAGCCAUCUUCUGUGAUUAAAUCUGUGCACAGUGUAGGAAUCACCGUUUCAUGCACAAGUAUAGGAAGGACAAGACAUUCUGUCUUACCUUUAGAAGUUAUGACUGACUUGAAUCCGUGAGCUCUGCCUCAGCUAACAGAGAGAACAAACUGGAGAGAGGGCGGGAAAAUUUGAAAGGAUGGACUCAAAGGCUGUGAGAUGAUCACUGAUGGGAGUCUGUGUUUUUAUUGUGAUCAUUUUUAACAGUGAGACUAAAACAAGCCGCCACAUUUGACCACUAUGUCUGAGUUGCUGCAGCUAGCUGUCUGUCUGCUCUGUCACUUUUCUACCAGUGUCAUGGUCGACUAAAUGGAAAUAUUCUACUCCGCACAAACUUUUCCAGUUGACUGAAUGUCCUGCUUACUUUGACUGUUGUCCUGCACAUCAGAUGUGAUACUGCUUUUGUAUUCCUUGUAAUUUUGUUACGUCAUGAGUAAUGUUUGCAGAGGAGUCGGACAUUUUCCCCUAUCUAUAUGACCACUAUAUGUAAGAGAAAGGCUUAGGAAGCACUUUAAAAAGGUAAAUGCCAACAAUUUAGCCACAUCCAUGAUUUAUUAAUUGAAAUGAAUUACAUUAUAUUUAAAGUGCUUCAUUUGCCCAGUCCUGAAAGAAGUCCAUGAAAAAACUCUUGACCUGAGAAGGAGGAUUACCUUUCUUUUUUUCCCCACUUUUCUUGCAGCAGCUGGUAUUGAAUGUGAAGAGACAAGGGUGAAACAACAGCAGUAUGUGUUUUCUGCUUGUGUGCCCAGGCUCAGCAGCUCAGAAUUAGAAUGUCUGCUGGAUGUGUGUGUGUGAAAUGAUAAUGGAGACAUGUUGUGGUCCUGUGAGAAGAGCAGCUUCUCCCAAAUCCCAGAGCUGCUUCUGUACUCUCAUCUAAACCCAGCAUGGGUUUGUAUUGCCGGUGUUGAUAGGAAUGAUGAAUUCCCCCUGUGGGUCACCUGUAUUAAGUGUUUUCUGUGAAAACAUGUUUUGUGUCUCUUGUGGGACUGGAAGAAUGUAAUGUUUCUUGUUGCUCCCUCCACCUUUUUUUUUUCUUUUUUUUUGAUACGAUCUUGAGAACAUUGGCCCAUUUUAAAGAUAACUUAAGUGUUGUCAGUAUGAAAUGUUUGUAUGAAUCCAGAACACAAAUUCAUACACUUUUGUUUUCAGCAGAUUUUUUUGUACACAGUGUAUUGAAUAAAUGUCCAAAUACAACAAGCA